AUGCAUGAACACAUUUCAGAAUUUGAAAGUCUCCAGCUAAAGGAAAGCCUCCUUAAAGGGGUUUUUGCGUACGGAUUUUCCACCCCCUCCCAAAUACAGAAAGAUGCAAUCCCUUCAAUUGCAAGCGGAGAGUCUGUGGUUGUUCAAUCUAAAAAUGGAACGGGGAAAACGGCCACCUUUUUGCUGGGUGUGCUUCAAAGAAUGGACCCCGCCAAGAAGGGAGUGCAGGCCAUCAUUGUGUCGCCAACCAGAGACUUGGCGAUACAGACUUUUAACGUGUUUAGCGGCCUGUCCAAAUUUAUGUCUAUGCGCGGGCACUGCGCAAUAGGGCAGGACAAAAAGAUAAACGCCGAUGUUUCGGCGCUGCAGAAUUGCACUGUCCUGUUUGGCACCCCUGGAAGGCUCCUCCACUUGACCAAAGAGUCCUUCAAAUCAUUCUCAAACUUGCAGGUGGUGGUGCUGGACGAGGCUGACCGAACGCUAGAAAGCGGGUUUGGCCUGCCUGUCAAAAAUCUGUUUGAAACGAUAAAGCCGCUCAACCCGCAGUUUGUCUUUGUAAGCGCCACGCUUCCCAGCGAAGUGACAGAAAUGCUUACUCUUUUUUUGGACGAGCCCAAAAUGUUUCUUGUCCCUCAGGAGAAGCUAGCUCUUUCCCAAAUAUCGCAGUUCUAUGUUAAAGUGCCAGCAAAAGAGAAAUUUGAGACGGUCUGCAACAUUCUCAGCGUGGUAACCAUAUCCCAGGCUGUUAUAUUUGCAAACCGGAAGGAGACUGUUUCGGAGAUAUGCAAGAAGAUGCAGCUGCAUGAGUUUCCGGCUGUGGCUGUGCACGGCUCGCUGGAGCAGGCAGAGAGAAACAAAAGAAUGGGCGACUUUCUAAGCGGAAAGUUCAGAAUACUUGUGUCCACAGAUGUGACCUCUCGAGGAAUUGAUGCCGCGCAUGUGAACCUGGUCAUCAACUACGACGUUCCGCACACAGCCGAAGAAUAUCUGCAUCGAAUAGGAAGAGGCGGCCGGUUUGGAAAGACCUCGAUAGCAGUAACACUGACCGAGCCAGAGGAGUACAACAGUGCACAAAACGCCUUUGGCGCGUAUGGAAAAACCAUGCAAAAGUUUGAAAUGGACAAGCAUAGUGUAUAUCAUCAGCACUCUAAUGAAUAG